UGUAAAUCAAUGUUUCAAAUAAUUACGAUGUUUUAUUUCUAGCGAUACUCACGUACGAUGACAGUAUGAUUUACUAAUUGUCGUUUUGUUUAGAACAUUGAAGCUAAGCAACCGGGUUGCUGGCGUACCUUAUUCUAAACAGAGUGGCUUGUAUAUAUUUGACGGCCAUACAUUAGUAAGCAGUAGUUUUAAAUACGAGUUCGGCUAAGUACAAUGUGGCAAAGCUGAACAUCUCUCUGCCUUAUAUCGACUUACCUAUCUAUUCUAAAAGAAUGCCAUCGGGACUCAAACGACGACUUCUACCCUCCGAGCAGCGAGGCCCGCUUUUUUACGGAUUGAAGCCGCAACUUACAACUGGAAACAGUUAACACUUAUAUAAAACACGUCAGCGUUGCCUUUUUUUAAUAGUUAUAGGAUUAAACCCAUCACUAUGUGCUUGCUUACUUGCGCUAUGGUCUAUUGAUUGAUAAAUUAUUAUAUAUUGAGUCAACAUCCUUAGUUUAGACAUCACCAUCAUAUAUUCAACUUUAACCUUCACAUAGGCGGAACGAUGUCUCCUCUAAACAUCUCCAUCAUUGGGGCUGGUCCAGCCGGGUGUAUGCUUGGACGGAUUCUAUCAUUAUCCAAAAUUCCUUUCACGGUUUAUGAAAGCGAUGAGAGUCCAGAUUAUCGUUCUCAAGGAGGCUCGUUGGAUUUACAUCCCGGCACAGGCCUUGCGGCGAUGAAAGACGCUCAAUUGUGGGACGAAUUCUUGAAACACGGCCGAUUCGACGGCGACUAUAUGAUGAUGGCCGACAAAGAGCUUAAGCCCUUCAUACAGUUCGGUCCUGGCAAUAAGCUCAGCGAGCGGCCUGAAAUUGACCGUGCUGAGCUACGCCGGAUCUUAGUGGAAUCGCUUCCGGAGGGAAGUAUCAAAUGGGACCAUCGCCUACGACGUGUCGAAGAGGGGAACACUUUGGUCUUUGACCAUACAACAGUGUCCGGUUCCGAUCUCAUAAUUGGGUGUGAGGGUGGCUGGAGUAAGGUCCGAAGUUACGUCUCGCCGACAGUGAAACCACACUAUACCGGGGUUGGAUAUCAUAGUCUCCGGGUACCAGAUGCGGCAAACACCGCACCAGAUCUCUAUAAAGUUGUCAACCGCGGAAGCCUGUUUGCUAGCUCAAAUGGGCAGAGGUUGGGGGUACAGCAGCUCGGCACUGGCAGCCUGACUGUCUCCUGGUGUUCGCGUCGUCCCGAAAAUUGGAUGCAGACUUGCGGAUAUAACCCUCAUAAUGUCGAUCAAGUUAAGAAAGCAAUCCUCGAGGAAAUGCACGACUGGAGCCCACAGCUGCGGGAAGCGAUCGAAAAGGUCCAAGAAGGCAUAUGCGAAGCGAAGAAUCUAUACAUGCUUCCGGUUGGCUGGCGCUGGGAGCACCGCCGCGGCGCAACAUUCAUUGGCGACGCCGCACAUUUUAUGGCCCCGUUCGCUGGCGAAGGAGUGAACGCUGCGUUUGAUGAUGCGCGAAAACUCGCCGCCGCAAUCGUCGGGGCAGUCCAAGCGGGCGGCGGGCUAGAUGAGGUCGAUAAGGAAAUACAAACGGCCGAGGAGAAUAUGUUUAAACGUAUGGAAAUAUACCAACGACAGACGGACGAGGUUACGAAGCUGUGGUUUUUCAGCGAGGGAAAUAUGAGGGAUGUCGUACCUAAGGUGAUGGUAGAGCACGCCAAGGCAAAGACGCCGACAGCCUUUCAUCCUUUAGCCUGGGGACUCAUCAACUCAUAUUGGUUCUUCAAGAAUAGGUUCUCAAGCUAGACGCCAUACCCAUUCAUACUAAAUCGAAGUUUGGCGCAUUCAAGGGUGUGUAAUUUAUUAGGCCUAGAUCCCCUCUUGGGUGAUAAUAGUAUAGAGGUUUCAUCACACAAACCCGUAACUAUCAGCCACUCGUAUUGACCAAAAAAGAGCAUCGUGUACUACUUAGCAUGUUAUCUCAUGUGUCUUUAAUUUCAGGUGUAGAGAUUGGCGAGGUUCAUCGUUGCGGGCGAGACAUCAUCUACUGCGGACCUCAUCCGAUUGAAUCAGGUUCGAUGUGACUAUGAUCGGACGGGAACUCCCACAACGUGGAGACAUUAUACCGGGGUGGGGGGCUUAGCUUUGCAGAUCGAUCUAUUUUCCUAUUCUUGGUCUCUUGUACAUAGGUGAAUACAACCGGAUCCCUAUGAAUUAUCUCGAGCGAUGAGGUGAGACUACAUGCCCGACGUGGUAGCAAACCGACUAGAUCACGCUCCCAAUAAUAGACUUUGGGGACCCCUAUCAAACGACUGCUCGGUCAAUAACCUAUAACUGACAUAUCAUCGUGGAACACAUCAAACGAGGCGCAGAUUUUACUUAGUUAUAACUUUUUAAAGGUCUUCAUGUUCAGCCCCCGGUAUAGUAUAGCCCUAGGGUUACAAUGGGCUACUGUCAGAG